AUGUGGAGAAUGUAGGUUUAUUUAUAUUUUUAAUAUAAAGUUAGUCAUUAAGCUCAUUGUAACCUUUAAAUUUCAGGGAUUCAGAUGAUGAAAAGCCUGAUGGUUAUAUGGAAAUGGGGUUUCCAGAGGAUAUGUUUGAAAAUGAUUUAUAUUCUUAUCAAGCUUUAUCGAAGGCAGGAGAUUUGUUUGUAAAGGCACUGGAUUCAUUUUCGAAGCUAGAAGAUACCUUUGCAAAGCCAAAUGAUUUAUAUGCAAGGCCUCAGGAUUCAUUUUUGAUGAUAGGAGAUAACUUUUCAAAACCGGAAGAUUCUUUAUCAAAAUUGGGCGCCAGUCAAUCUACAGCUUCAUCGCCACGUCAAUCUUCAUCUGACAAUGUUAACCUGAAUAAAAGUGUCAAUUUAAAUGAACCAUCACUUCCAGAUUCCAUUUUUGACUCCAAAACCUCUACAAGUAAAUUGGACGCAACUAUCAACAACUUUGACAAUUCAGACACCAAGGUCCUCAAACCGGAGAUUAAGAUUGGCAAAUAUCCACAAGAUACGACGGUUUUCAAGCUGAAUCCCAUCAAAAGACCUGUUGCACAAAAAUGGGUAACUGACAGGCAUGGAAGAGCAUAUGUGGAAAAACUGAAAAGUAGAAUGGCCGCUGCUCAAAUGAGGCCAAAACCAGUUGAACGGCCCAAAAGUGUAAGAUUUUUCGGUUUUUUGCUUGAUUUUUAGGUAACUACAUGGUGAAAAAAGUUUUUAUUCGCCGAGAAAGUAACGUUUUUUCAUCGAAAACGUUUAACUAUGUUUUUGCAACUAUUUCUGUUAAUUUCAGCUAUGAUUCAUUUUGUUUUACAUCCAUUCCUUUCAGUUAUAUUAUCCUACACAUCAUUAAUACCUAAAAUUUUAGCCAACUCCAGAAGAACGUCUCAAAGGCAUGCCAUCACACAUCAAGCUUCCUAAAGGAGCAAAGCCGUUUUGUUUGUUGGAAAACGUCACUGAAGAAUACCUUCGCAGAAAGUUCCCCAUAAGUAUGGAUGUUGCUACACUCUUCCGCAGAGUUUAA